AUUGAGCAUUUUCCUCCUCCUCCUGAAAGUACUCUCCCAAUGGAGGCCUCUUCCGGCGGCGGCAAUUGGGACCUCGACUCGCUGGUGGAGGUGCUAACGCAAGGCGAAGAGCACUUGGCGCAGCUGGACGCCUGCUUGGCGGCGGAGCCGGAGAAGCAGCUCCUCCUCCGCGCACAAUCCUGCGUCCGCCAGGCGAUUCGAAUGGCCAAAGGACGACUCGCAGCCCCCGAGCAGGCAGCUGCUCUCAGGGAACAAGACCGCAGGGAGAUGUGCAAAAAGAGGAAGACUAUAUCGAAGAAAUGGACGAGACGAGUUCACGUGUCUUAUUUGGGCACGCACAAGGAUGACUAUAGCUGGCGCAAGUACGGGCAAAAGAUGAUCCUUGGGGCCAAGCAUCCGAGAGCAUACUUCAGAUGCACACACAAGAGCACAGCCGGGUGUCAGGCGAUGAAGCAAGUGCAGCGAUCCAACGACGACCCCUCCGUCUUCGAGAUCAUUUACCGAGGAGAGCACACUUGCGUGGAGUCGUCGUCGACGACGACGUCGCGGCACAGGCCGGAUCAAGAUCAGUCGCUGCUGUUGAGCUUCCAGAGCCUCAAGGUGGAAACGGAUCGCGUGGGCUCGAACAUGGAGGAGGAGCGGGAGCGGGGCUCCUCGGCCUUCGUAUCUACUCCGGCGAGCGUCUUCUCUCCUCCGUACGUCUCCCCGUCGGCGACGCACGCGGCCGGGACGGCGUCUGAACUCGCGGAGGUGGUCGCUGCUGCUGCGGCUCUGACGAACGAGUACGAUUCCUACGCUGUGGACUUGAAUCUAUUGCUCGAUUCCGGCGGAUUCGAACCCAACUUUCCCUUCGACUUGUGAAUCUAUUGCUUCAUCUCAUCCGGAAUGGAUCCGUGCCUAUUAUGUACCCUCUAAUUAAUUAAUGGCACACUCAGUGGGGCGUCCUUUGUCUUAUAUAUAUAUAUAUAUAUAAUAUAUAUAUAUAUAUAGAGAGAGAGAGAGAGAGAGAGAGAGAUAGAGAGAGAAAUGUUAUGCUGGGCGAUGCUUUGUGCGCGACCGUGAGCGACGCGCAGACGUG